CAUGUAGCAAUGCAAUCGCGGGCGCACAACACGUUCACGUGAUCAAAGGUUAUGGCCCCCAAGGAAAGGCCACGCAUUCCGCUACCUCGUCGCGGCGUGGCCUCACCCCUCUCCCUACAUCUGGUCACUCUCUCCCCCUAACAACUCACCUGCUGCUACUCCACUCCCUCUCUCUCUCCAUUAAUAUCCUAUAUAUAUAUAUACAUGUAGAGAGAAACAGAUUGUGUGCGUCUUAAUUACUACACGAUAUGGAUACAUCGCAACUGGAAUCGGAAAUGAAGUUCUCGGAAUUCUACGAGCGGUGGAUAAGGCAGCUGGAGGGGCAUCUCCGGCUGCUGCUGGUGGCGCCGCCGCAGCAUUCGAGCGAGGCGGAAUUCGAGCCCAUUGUGAGGAAGCUGACGGCCCACCACAAGGAGUACUACAAAGUGAAAUGGGCCUGGGCCCAGCAAGACGCGCUGGCCUUUUUCGUGCCGGAGUGGCUGAGCCCGCUGGAGAACGCGUAUCUGUGGGUGACCGGGUGGAAGCCGUCGAUGGCGUUCCGGCUGGUGGAGUCGCUGAAGGAGGCGCGGUCCGAGAGCGGGGCGAGCCUGGCCGGGCUGAGCGAGGAGCAGGUGAGGGGGAUCGAGGCGCUGCGGCUGCGGAUCAAGGCCGAGGAGGAGAGGGUGGAGAUGGAGAUGGAGCGCCAGCAGGUGGCCGUGGCGGACCGCAAGAUGGUGGAGCUGGCGCGCCUCCACGGCCUGGCCAGGAGGAGCGGCGACGCGGGGGCGGCGGCGCAGGUGGAUGGGCUGGCGGAGGUGGCGCUCAAGGGGCUGGCGGCGGGGCUGGAGAAGGUGAUGAAGAUGGCGGACUGCGUGAGGCUCAAGACCAUGAAGGGGGUGCUGGAUGUGCUGACGCCCAUGCAGUGCGUGCAGUUCCUCGCCGCCACAUCCAUGCUGCAGAUUCACAUGAGAAAAUGGGGCAAAAUUAGAAACAAGUCUUCCAAGUAAUAUAUUGCUAUCUUUCUACUACACAUUAUGCAUAUAUUCAUCAUAAGAAUAUAUAUGCAAACAUCCAACAGAUGAAAUAACUCUUUCGGUUAGCUAGGGGUACUAGGAGGAGAUUAAUUUCUUAUGUAAUCGGUGUGUGUGUGUGUGUGAGCUUGUAGUAUUACUUAAUCUUGGUUUCGAUAAUGCAUGGGAUUCCAAUUUCGUAUA